AUGGUAAGAGGCAUAAAAUUGGUCGGAACGUUAGCCAUGGUUAAAACUGCAAACCACACUUUUGUUGGUUCUCUAGCCUGCCAACGAGACUCAUUUAAGGCCAAAGAAUUUGAGACUACUGUAAUUGCAUGCGAUGUAGGUAAGAAGAAGAAUACCUUUGAGAUCGAACUUCAGGAUACUAUCUUGUUUCCAGAAGGUGGCGGACAACCUAGUGACUCUGGGAAAUUCCUUCUCAAAACUGGGGCCUCAAUUCCUGUCUCCUCAGUAUUCAGAAGAGGACUGCAUGCAGUUCAUAUCACUGAUAGGGAUGUUCCAGUCGGAGCUAAAGUGUCUGUUGAAAUUGAUUGGGAUAAGAGAUUGGACUAUAUGCAGCAACAUACGGGACAGCACUUGGUAAGUGCAAUUCUUGAACAGAAGUGGGGGUUGAAAACCCUCUCUUGGUCUAUGGGGGGUAUUCCAAGUGAGAAGAAACCAAAGAUUGAACCGUAUGAUCUGUUCAACUAUUUGGAGAUUAAUAGGAGAUUGACCUCAGAAGAAGUCAAGGAGUUGUCCGAUACCGUCACCGAAUAUAUUACGGUGAAUCCUAAAACAAUUACGAUUUUCGAAGGAGAUCCAGAGUCCCAGGGAGAAAUUAGUACCCACAAAGUGCCUGAUGAUUACGAUUUAUCCAAAGGUGUGUUAAGAGUGGUUCAUAUCGAAGACCUCGAUAAGAACCCAUGUUGUGGAACUCAUUUGCAAACAACAUCACAGAUUUCUUCUGUAUUGAUCCUUCCUUCUCAAUCUUCUGUCAGGGGUACCAAUUCAAGGUUGUUCUUCAUGUGCGGUGAUAGAGUUAGAAGGUAUGCAUUAUUCUCUAAUGAGGUUAUUAGCAACACAAAAAAGUUACUCUCCUGUUCUGAAGAUCAAAUAGAACAUAAAUGUGAUAUGCUGUUGAAGAACAUGCAAAAGACUACUAAAAGAGAACAAUUCUGGAUAAAAGAAUUAGCUGGGUUCUGCUCAAAAUCAUUGAUCACUGAUUUGAAGGAAAAUUCUAAAGCUCACUUUAUCCGCGAUGAGUAUGGUACCCUCGAGUUCCUAACACAACUUUACAAUGAAAAUAACCAGCUUAUUGCUGGAUCAUCAUUGGAAGACUACUGCUACGUUCUUGCUGGAAGAGAAAAGGCUUCUGGAGGUGGGGCUAUCAUCAUUGUUUCUGAUUCUAGUAACAGAAUCCAAGAGGUGUCAGACAAGUUGAAAUCAGUAGUAUCUCAGCUGAAAGGUGGCGGAGGUAAAAAUGGAGGCAAAUGGCAAGGAAAAGUUGCCCUUUAUAAGGCGUCUGAGUUCGAGGGCUUACAGCAUUAUCUUGACUCCGAAUUCUAA